UGAAGUGCCAUUGUCUCAUUGCAGAAUGUGGCUACGGGUUCUGUGUUCCUUGUUUCUCUGCGGAGCGGCGUUCUCCGACACAACCGUCACCAUCUACAACGAGUGGCUCUCCCAGGGUGGACGUAUGCAUUUUGAAGUUGGAAGAUGGAACAAAAUUAAUGGUCUCACCCAACAGAGCCUCAUUCCAAAGAUGAAAGCCGUCGGAGCGGCUGCCGGGCGUUGGGUGAAUAGAGAUCUGAGGGCCGAUCUCUUUCCAAAGUGGCCCCAAAGCUCUAGUCACCACGGGUUUCCAGACCCCAGCUAUCUCCAAGACCAUACCAUGCAGGCCAAGACAUUCGCAAAUUAUAUGAUCCAACUGAAGAACUAUGGGAAUUACAUUGACGACAUGGUCUGGAACAUAGAAGGUCUUCACUGGCCAAGCUGGAUUGAUAAAUCUCAGCAUCUUGAUAAAUUCCCCAACAACCUUGACGCUGCAUCAGAGUUUGUGUCCCUAAUGAUUCAGAGUGCCAAGGACUACACAGGAGGACACCUUCCCUCUAUCUUUGAACCUCUCAAUGAACCUGAUUGGGUCGAAAAGUACAUCCCCCCAGAAACGUGUACCGAUUUCCACAAGGCCGUCGCCGACAAAGUGAGAAAGAAGUUUGGAAUCAAAGUUAGCGGACCAUCGUACACUAGUAUGGCCUUACGACAAGCAGAUGAAAAUGAUUUUGCCUUCUGGAAGAGAACUGCAAAGUUUCUUGACAUGUCUCUUGAUCACUUGGACUUUUUCUCUUUCCAUUCCUACAACUACCUGACGGACGUAUCAGGUAAAAGCUACUUGGGCAUCAACGAAGCUCGUCUUUUUGCUUCUCUUGACAUGGUGGAGAAUUAUGCUCAUAUCAAGAAAGGAAAAAGUGUUCAGUUAGUUAACACUGAAUUUGGAUUAGGCUUAGAUAACCUUCAAGGCGUUGGCCCAGAUUUUGAAAAUGGAAUGACGGAUUUUCAGACAAUUUAUCAAGCAAACGGUUUCUUGUGUUCUUUCUUUAACCUGAGAGAGGUGAUGGACAGAGCUACAAUCUUCCUCCUCUCUAAUGAACAAUACCCAGGUCAUACUUCCCUUCGCAAUUCCUUAUUUACGAUGGAUGGCCAUGCCCUUAAUGUGACAAAAUACUUCACUUUUUGGAAAAACCUUGUUUAUGAUCACAGGUUUCUCCGAUUCUCAAGUGAACUCAAUGGGAAGGAGAGAACAGUUUCACCGCUUGCCCUUGCAAACCCCCACACCAAAGAGCUGGUAGUACUUCUCCACAACUUUGGCAAUAAAUUUGAGAAUGUAAAACUGGACUUCCCCAAUAACUGGCUCGACCCUUCUACAGGCGAAGAAACAUGUGUUGUAUUAAAAGAUGGUUAUCCAGCUAUUAAUGCUGAUUUCAAGUUUGACAGGCAUAAACUGCAUGGCACUGUUGGUCUCCCUGCAACAUCAACCUGCUUCUACAAGUUUAAAACCAACUACAACUUCAACGGAAUACGCACAGACAAUCAGCGCACAUACUACGGCAGGAACAUGCAAAUCAAAAUCAUUAAUGGACGUGCACAGACAACCGUCACUCUACCGAGCACUGGUUAUCAUGAGGGUCAUCUUAGAGUGGGCAUCAGCCGAGGGAAGAAUUUCAAUACCAAACCGAAAUCCGUUGUGUUCAAUGGUCAGACUUUGUCUUCAAGUUACAUGCUGUAUGAUGCAAUGGGCACGCAAGGGAAAACAAACUGGAACGUGUGGGAAUUCGCGGUCCCUCCGUCAAAAAUCACCAAAUCCAAUUCCGUCACCUUAUCCUUUGAUGGAAACGAUGGAUACGUGACCUCCGUUGGGCUCGCUGUUGGAAAAAUUUAGUAAAUAAAGUCUCUUUAAGAAUU